AUGAACUUUCUGCUCACUUGGAUCCGCUGGGGGCUGGCGGCGCUGCUCUAUCUGCAGAGCGCGGAGUUGUCGAAGGCUGCGCCUGCCCUGGGGGAUGGGGAGCGGAAACCCAACGAAGUUAUCAAAUUCCUGGAAGUCUACGAGCGCAGCUUCUGCAGGACUAUUGAGACCCUGGUGGACAUUUUCCAGGAGUACCCUGAUGAGGUGGAGUACAUAUUCAAGCCAUCCUGUGUGCCUCUGAUGAGAUGUGCGGGUUGCUGCGGCGAUGAGGGCCUAGAAUGUGUCCCUGUGGAUGUGUACAACGUCACCAUGGAGAUCAUGAGAAUUAAACCCCAUCAGAGUCAGCACAUAUCACACAUGAGCUUCUUACAGCACAGUAAAUGUGACUGCAGACCAAAGAAAGAUGUCAAAAACAAACAAGAAAAAAAAUCAAAGCGAGGAAGGGGGAAGGGUCAAAAGAGAAAGCGCAAGAAAGGCCGGUACAAACCACUCAGCUUUCACUGUGAGCCUUGCUCAGAGAGGAGAAAGCACUUGUUUGUACAAGAUCCCCAGACCUGUAAAUGUUCCUGCAAAUUCACAGACUCACGUUGCAAGUCGAGGCAGCUUGAGUUAAACGAGCGCACUUGCAGAUGUGAAAAACCAAGACGGUGA